AUGGAUUUACAGGCACAAAUUGUGAUUGAUCCAAAGGGAAUGAUUAUCAGGAUGCUUUAUUAUAGGCCUCAAGCAUAUUACAAGACGCUUGAAAAAGUUGCUAAUGCUUGUAGAGAAUCUGUAUUUAACUUCCAAUAUACCGAUAUUUGUGAAUGGCCAUCUAAUCAAGCGUUAUAUCAGAUCUAUCCACCUAUAUCCGGGUAUAUUCCUCGCCCCUCCUAUAACAAUGCGAAAAAACCUAAUUUACUUCAUUUUGACGAUCUUUUUUACAUGCCUUGGGGUAAGAUUAAAGGCAUGUUGCUAAGAAUGUGUACUCAAACCCAAAUAUCUCUUUGUGUAGCCUUAGGAUUUUCAAGUGGACCAGGAAGACGAAUUUUGGGGUUUAUUGAGCGAUUUAAUGGGACUUCAGCUAAAAGACCUUUUCGUGGUCAGCAUUCUAAUGAACUUGCCAUUGGUAAUGUUUCCGAGGCCCGAGUGAAAGAUAACACUAGUAUUCUUAUUACUAUGAGUAAAAAAUUACAUUAUCGUAUCUGUAAUAGAAAUUUCUGGAAUAAAGUACUAUUGGAUAACACUCUGUUUAUUCAUUCAUUAAGUGAUAAUUCUGAAUUGCAACUUUCAAUAUUUUUUAGAAUGGAAGACUUGGGAGCAGUGCCAUGUAAUAAAAAGGAAUACACAUUUGAGUAG